AUGGCUUCAUCGGUUCUUACGAUAAUUGCUAUACUAGCAUGUGCAUUCAGUUUUGUUGACGCCAACCCCAAUCGGAAAAUCUGCGUUGUCAAAGGCGGGCAAAGCAAGGAUAUAGAUGAUGCUCCGGCAAUCUUGCAUGCCUUCAAAGAAUGCGGUCAGCAUGGAAAGGUUCUUUUCAACCCUCAAACCUACUAUGUCAACUCGGUCAUGAAUGUAUCUUGGCUGAAGGAUGUUGAUAUUGAUAUCCAUGGGACGCUUGAAUGGAGCACGAACAUAACGUACUGGUUGAACAACUCGAUGCAAGUUGGCUAUCAGAAUCAGUCAACAGCAUUUAUAAUUGGUGGUGAUAAUGUGCGAAUAAAUGCCUUUGGAACGGGUACAUUCAAUGGAAACGGUGACGACUGGUACAAAUGGAUUAGACAACAGGAAAACACGUCCAAUUACCCAGGUCGUCCUCAUGCUUUGACGUUGAGCCGCCUCACAAAUUCGGCCAUUCACGGGCUCAGAUUCCUGCGAAGCCAGAUGUGGACAAUGUCGAUCAUCCACUCUCACAACUUGGUUCUCGAUAGUAUCUUUAUUAACAAUACGGCGAAUACCGAUGGUGCCGAUACCAUUUACUCGUCUCAUGUUGUUUUCAAUAACUGGACCGUUUACAAUGGCGAUGACAGCAUUUCUCUGAAAGCAAAUAGUACUGAUAUAACGAUAAGAAAUUGCAAAUUCAGGAAUGGUCUCGGCAUUGCCAUAGGAAGCAUUGGGCAAUACAACGAUCAAUUCGAAACCAUUGAGAGAGUUUCUGUCAACAAUAUUGACUACGAAAAUACAUUGCAUGCGUUCUAUGUGAAAACAUGGACAGAUGACCAGAAUGGUUAUCCACCCAAUGGAGGUGGGGGUGGAUUGGGCUACCUAUCUGGCGUGGAAGUCACAAAUCUGAAUGCAACGGGACUUCGCGGAGCUGCAUUUGCUGUUUCGCAAUGCACACGGUUUUCUGGAGCACCAGGUGUAGGCAAUUGCACAAACUCCCAAUUCCAGAUCAAGAACGUGGCGAUCAAAAAUCUUUCCGGUACUACCAAGUCGACAAGAGUGGCUAGUCUUCAAUGCAGUGCCGUUGCUCCGUGUUCCAACAUUACCAUCGCCGACGUGGACCUUCGCCUCGCCAAUAGCACGCUGGCAAGUGACUACCUAUGCGGAAACUUGAUCAAUCCGAUGGGUUUCACAUGUACGGGAGAUGUUUGUGUGGGUGGCAGUGCUACGGGAGAGUGCUAA